AUGACACAACAGAUGUCUGCUGGGAGGGCCUUCAUUGGCGGAAGGGGAUUCAGUUCUGUGUCUGCCAUGGGUGGACUAGGCGGGCACAGAACCUACGUGGCAUCUGUAGGCCAUCCUAUCGGAAAUGGAAGUGGGGUCCGUUGCUUCAGCAGUCAAAGUCUUUCCAAUUUGGGCGGAAGCAGAAGAAUUUCUCAUGGCGGCUACGGCGGUUAUGGUUCUGGAUAUUAUGGAGGCUACGGUGCUUAUGGCUACGGUCAUAUAGGUUAUGGUACUCUAGGGUUUGGUGGCAGGAUGGGCCAUCUUGGAAACGGUGGACUUCUUGGAGGAUAUUCUAGCUUCAGGGGGGAUGGCAUUCGAGGCGUCACGAUCAACGAGAACCUCUUGAAGCCUCUUCAUGUGGGAGUUGACCCCCAAGAAAACGAAGCUCGGAAUCAGGAGAGGGAGGAGAUGAAGACGCUGAACGAUCAAUUUGCAUGCUUCAUUGAUAAGGUGCGAUACCUAGAGCAGCAGAACAAAGUUCUCGAAACAAAGUGGAACCUCUUACAGGAGUGUGCCGUGCCAGCAAAGAAAAGCCUGGAACCAUACUAUGAGAAUUUCAUCAGCAACAUGAAAAAGCAGCUUGAUUUCUUAUUAAGCGAAAGAGACCAGCUAACCAAGGAAGAAGCCUCCAUCCAGCACCUAGUGGAAGAAUUCAAGAGCGGAUACGAAAAGGAACUCAAAAGACGUACGGAUGCAGAGAAUGAAUUUGUGCUGCUCAAGAAGGAUGUAGACUGCAUCUUUCUGAGCAAGGAAGAACUGGAGGGGAAACUGGAUUUGCUUAGUCGGGAACUGGAAUUCCGCACAUGCGUCCAUGCAGAGGAACUAGCACAGCUAGACUCUCAAGUCUACGACACUAACAUCCUUUUGCAAAUGGACAAUAGCCGAAACUUAGAUGUUGACCUCAUUAUCAAAAAUGUUGAAGCCUGGUAUCAGAGCAUCGCCCACAGGAGCAAAGAGGAAGCAAAUGCUUUAUACGAAAAUAGGUUCCUAGAGCUUCAGGAGCAGAGAGGGAAAUAUUCCGACGAUCUGAAAAUAAACCAACAUGAGAUUGCUGAGCUGACCCGGUUGCUCCAUAAGAUGCAGUCAGAACAUGACAUUGUGAAAAAGCAGGUUGAUUGUUUGCAGUCAUCGAUCUGUGACGUUGAACAGCGUGGCGAUGUUGCUCUUAAAGAUGCCCGGGAUAAGCACACCGAAUUGCAAACUGCCCUACAGAAGGCCAAAGAUGACCUGGCUCGCUUGCUGAAAGACUACCAUGAGCUUCUGAAUACCAAGCUGGCCCUGGAUAUCGAAAUUGCUACAUAUAAGACACUGCUGGAGGGAGAAGAGAGCAGGAUCUCCACAGGCAACUUUGUCAGUAUUGAUGUUGUCAACCCUCCUUAUAUUGAAGACUCCCUUGGCUACCCAGCUGCUUGUGGAUAUGGUCCUGAUACGGAGUAUUUGGAAGACGUAGGAGCUACAGUGGUAUAUGUGGAGGAGGAUAUGGCAGAGACUACAGUGGUGGACGAGGUGGAAGAGACAGUGGAGGAUAUGGAAGACGUAGGAGCUGGAGUGGUGCAUGUGGAGGAGGAUAUGGAGGACCAUGGGGUGGAGGCUAUGGUGGAGGCUAUGGUGGAAGCAGUGGUAGAGGAUACAGUGGAGGUGGAUAUGGUGGAAGCAGUGGUGAAGGAUACAGUGGAGGCGGAUAUGGAUAUGGUGGAAGGACUGGUGGACAAUACAGUGGAGGCGAAUAUGGUGGAAGGACUGGUGGAGGAGACAGUGGAGGUGGAUAUGGUGGAAGGACUGGUGGAGGAGACAGCGGAAGUGGAUAUGGUGGAAGGACUGGUGGUGGAUACAGUGGAGGCGGAUAUGGUGGAAGCAGUGGUGGAGGAUACAGUGGAGGCGGAUAUGGUGGAGAAUCUAGUGGAAGGCGUAGGAACUGGAGCUCCAGAAGUAGUGAAAAUCGCCCAAGGACUGUAG